AUGGCUGAGUGUAAUAUAUUAAUAAUUGAAGCUUCAAGGAAAAUUAUUGAUGAAGAAAUCAAACUAAUAUUCAAAAAAGCCGAGAUAAGUAUCAUAGUUUAAUCUUAAAUUCAAAUAAAUACCAUAAACUUUUAUUUUUAAAUUUGAUUAGAAAAUGAUUUUAUUUUGGAUAUCGAGAUUUCUGUGAAAAGAUUAAAUAAAUCCAUUUCCAGACGUGGAAUCAAUUUAUCCAGACAAUUAUUAUUAAAUCACCAUUGCAAUUCUUUUUGUUGAUUUUUUAAUAAAAGGGUGUUGGCACUGUGGUCUGUGACGUUCCAUCUGUGCAGUGGUAGCGCGCAAGGUUGCUGUUGUGCACACUGGAAUCUCGUAGCCAUUUAUAUGUAGCGCACCCGGGUGAGUUUCAUUUCUCAGAGGAGGAUGGGGGAGGGUUGUUACUGGAAUAUUUAUGAUCAAUAACUUCCUUUGUUUCAGUUCGGGUACUUGCACAUCGCGGCAGUUCGCCGUUGUCUGCCUGUGCCUUCUGUCGAUUUCGUUCAGACAAAUGUAUCUACCUGGAUUCAAAGCAAUAUAAAUAUGGUCAGCAAAGAUGUAAGAUUUGCUAUGUAAUAUUAUGUCCGUAAAAUAUACACUUUGUUGUUUUCCUUUUACAAAUCACACUAUUGAAUUUAUUUUCAGAAUGUACUCCAAGGAAAAAUUUACUCCAAGGAUUAUUGUCAGAAAUUCAUUGUUGGGAUGAAGAACUAUUCCUAGAUACAUUUGCCAACAGUGACCAAAAGAAUAAAACAAAACCUAAACCAGUGGCUCGUUUGUGGAGGAAAUCUGAGGUAAAAUUUGUUUUUUCUUAUAUUAAUAUAUAAUAUAGAUGUUAAACAAAUAUUGUUCUCAGAAUCUAAGAGAGACUUCAUAUUUUUUAAAACUAUCUAUUUAUAUAUAUAACUGAAAAGAAAAAAAAUUAUUACAUACUAUAAAUUGAAAUUCUCUAUAUGAUUGUUAUUUAGAAUCAUUAAAAAAUACCAUCAAUACUGAAGUUUUUUUUCAACAUCUAGUUUUAUUUUAUUUUAUUCUUUGCCAUUAAUAUUAUGUUCAUUUGAAUAUUAAAUGUACAUAUAAACUAUUAACAAUUACACAGAGUUGUUAGUUUUUUAUUAAACAUUUUUAUCAUCAAGUAUUUUUAAUUUUAGACAUUUUAUUAUUUAUUAUUAGGCCUUAAUUACAAUUAUCAAUUAAACAAAAAAAAUGAUAAUACCUAUCAAUUUCUAUAGAAAGAUUAAUUAAUAUUUAUGACAAUGGCCAUUAAUAAUUAACAAUUAAACAAUUUUACACAUUGAAAAUUAAUUUUAUUUUGUAAAUAUAUCAUGAUGUAAAGAAGAUAAUAGUUAAUAAUAAUAGUUUAUUAAAAUGUUAGCCAAUUUUUAAUAAUACAUUUUGUAAAUUAAAAGGAAACAUUACUAUUAUGAUUUUAUUUGUAUUACCUUAACGAUUACAAAUUGGUACUUGGCACUAGGAAGAUUAUACAGUAAGUUAUUGAUGAAUGCGCGCCUAGUAUGUAAGUAAUAAUUAAUAUUAUAAGUGUUUAAGUAGGUAUUAUUGAAACAACGCAACCAUAAUCUUGAAAGAGGGGGGGGCUUGAUAUUUUGUUUGGAUUUUUAGAGUCUAGACGAACCAUAUUAUCGUUCAUAGUAUUUAGUUCCACAUAAAUAGGUGCCUACCUUGGCUACAUGUAAACUCCUACAAAAAUGACCUUUUUACUUGUAUUCAAAACAUUGUGUAAACUUCUAAAUAGUUCCUUUUUACUUGCCAAAAAUAGAUGGUGUAAUCUGGCGAGGAAUGUUUAUUGGUUUUACAAUGAUGUUUUUUUGAGUUGAUAGCAUUUAAGUGGGAAACAAAGUUCGAUUUUACGAUUUCAUUAUUUUAAAUUAACACGCACGAAGUUUUAUAUCAGAAAUAGUUUUCUUAUAACGAUUAACGAUAAUCGUUUAAAAAACGAUAAAAUACUUUUUUUUGUUGAAUUUUGGAUAAAUAUUCAUAGAGACUUACGAAUGUAGGAUAAUAAAAUGUGCAUUACAAUUUAGUAAAUAUUAAUAUAUAAAUAUUAUAUUAAUAUAUGGUAUCGUAUCGGAAAUUCUCGUACAUUUCGAUGAUGUCUACGUUAUUUCCGUUAAUUGGAAAUACAACAAUCUCCAUCUCUUAUUUUUGUAGUUUAUGACCGUAUUUUAUUUAUUAAAAUAACUAGAAAAAUUUAUAUUAUAAUAUUUUGCUUUUGAAUUUUGUAGUUUAUGACUGAUUUUUACUCAAUUUAAAAUACCUUAUUUACAAGUUCCCAACAAUCUAGUGUAGGAGUUAACACUAUAUUUUGUAGGAGUUUACCAUCCCCCGUCUACCUUAAAAUGUGGCCAGUGUGCAGAACGAUCGAUGUACCAUGACCCCUGCGCCGUGACCUGUGCGCCGCGACUAGUCCGGAAAAAUCCUUGCGCGAUGACCCGUGCGCCGUACUUUAUCCAGUAGCUAUUAUUUUUGUCAAUACUAUUGCAAGCUGAGUGUUACCACCUCAGUUGUUUUUAGUUCUCUGUAUUGUGUUGACGUGAUAUUCUGUCAUUAAGACAGAAUUUUGAUGAGAAUAUGUUCGCAUUGCGAACAUAUUUAUUAAUAUUAUUAGCUUUAUUAAUCAUAUUAGUUGACCUGCCUUACCUAUAUCGUGUGAUAAAAAAAUUAAUUUUGUGUAAACUUGUUGUGUGAUAGAACGGCGGAUAUGUACGUUUUCCGGUACAGCACUAUAUGUUGCAGGGCUCAACCAUCGGAUAUGCUAUGAUUCACGGCGCCAUGAUCGGUGCGGGUGGUACUCACGUUACACCCGGCACGUUGGCACAGUAUUUUGGCCGCAAUCACACUACACAAGCGAUGCCUGCACACUGUUACUGGAUUCCGGCAACGGCCUGGGUGCCGCAAUAUAUGAUGCAACCUGCGUCACCGCAUCCAGCUCAAAUUGAUGUAAUAAUUAAAUACUUAACUAAUUAAAUUUUACUUACCUAACUUUUAAAUCGAAAACAAAUACUUUAGAAUGAUAAAACGACAUAGCAUAUUUAAAUUCAUAAAAUAUUAUUUUCUAUAUAAACAAUCGACAAAAUAUAUAUAAUAUCAGUACCAGCGUUUUGUAAUAAAUAUAGCGUGCACAGUAGUUUUAAUAAAUUGUGUUAUUGAAUUGAUUUUUGUCUAUUGCUAAUUUACAGAGGCUUUUGAGUGUUUUAAUUUUAAAAAAUUUGAUUAAAGCUAAAGCUAAAGCUCACUGAUAUUAUUAAUAUUUAUUAAUGGUUUUUUUUUUCUAUGAUUCCUGUAUGUUGUCAGAUGAUUGAACAAGUAAAUCCUGGUGCAGUUCAAUAUGGUUCGGUUAUACCACAGCUCGCUACCCGUGUGUCUGAUUUACAGAUUGGAAACGGAUCGGUAAGUCUUUUGUAUAAUAAAAACAUUCUAUUGUUUGGUGGUACCUAAUUGUAUGCACAUAAUAGAUACUAAGUAAAUACUCCAACAGUAAUGAAUAGCAAUAGAAUAAUAUAUAGUUAAAUUUAUUUAUUGGUAAUCAGUUAAACAAUGCAAAAAAAGUGAUAUGAAUCCAUUAAAAAUGUAGGCACUAGACUUUGGUAUCCAUAAAAUAGCGGUUUUAUUUUAAAUUUUUAAGUGAGUAUUAAUCAUGUUUUAGUACGUGGCCGGGUCACACUCUGGUUAUCCAUACUAUACAAGCGCUGCACCAAAUAUAACUCCCACAGUUCAGAUCGAAGAUCAUCCAUCAGCAACAGUAUCACCAGAUGGCUCCUAUCAACAUUAUUCACUCAAAUAA